AUGGAGGAUAGAAUAAAAAAGGCAUUGAAUGAACUCGAUAGUGCAACUGUCAUUCAAACAUUGUCGAUACCUUCACAGCAGACAAGAGAGUUGAAAGCGCAACAAGAGCAUUUGCAGUACCAACAGCAACCGCAGCAACAGGAUUAUCAGCACAGACCGUGGAGUACCGAUGAUUACUACUUUCGUGUCAACACCUACAGUAUUGGUGAUAAAAGAAUACAGGAUUUCGCAUUGAUGGUUAAAUCUACUGGACAUAGAGAUACAUGCCCAUGGAAAGACAAUGGAUGUCCUACAUUCUACGCAAGACUAUCAAACAUUCCAUCGUUGAUACAAAUCGAAAGUUUUCAAAAGAGAGCACAAAAUAUCUAUAAUCAUCUAUCCAAUAGUAUAUUACCAUUGUUAGAUAUCGAGUUUUGGUCAAAUGUACAGAGAAAAGAUAAAAGAAACCUUUUGAAAGCAUUGUUAUCGUCGUCAGAGAUUACAAGUGAUAGCGGUGAGUUAAAAGCAAGAAUCUCUGUUAUUCUGGCGUUGUGUGGUUGGGAUUAUUAUAGUAACAACAGCAACGGCAAUGCUGCUGAUGGCAGUGACCACAGAGAUGACAACAACCAUAUCAAUAUUCAUUGUUCAUAUUGUCAGAGAGUGUUGGGUUUGUGGAACUUUAAAUCAAUGAACAAUAAUAAUAGUGACAUCAGCACUGUGACUAUAGAUGAUCCUUUCAUUCAACUAUAUCCCAAUUUACAAACACAAACAACAUCAACAUCACAUAAUAAUAAUAAUAAUAAUAAUAAUUCAUCAUCAACGUCAACGUCACUUAAUGUUAACAAUUCACUUUCAAGUCAUACAAUUGGUGGUAGAGAAUCAACAAUAGAUAUACAACAACAACAACAACAACAAGAAGAAGCAACAGUCGAAGAUAGAAAGAAAGUAGUUUUUGAGAGUUUAUUAAGUAGAUCGAUAUCAUCUUGGAGUGGCAGUAGUAGUUUCAUUAGUUUUAAAAAUCUAAUUAAUCCACAGUCAACCACCAACACAAACACAAACACAACACCAUCAUUAUCGACAUCAACAUCAACAUCGAAUAUACAACCAGUUUCAUCGUCAUCAACCAUUGUUGAUGCACAAUCAAGUAAUAAUAAUGUAGACGAAGCAACAUUACAACAACAACAGAAAGAAAAGGAAAAAGAGAUACAAUUGAAACUACAACAACAAUUACAAUCGGAGCAACGAACAAAGAGUGAUGUAGGAUGGAGUUGGGGUCAGAGAUUUGUAUAUCAUCCAACUGUGUCUUUUAACAAAGCAAAGGAUUCAAUUAUGAAUGUUUCACUUUCACCUAUUAAGGAACAUAGGUGGUUCUGUCCAUGGGUUAACGAUUCCAAAGAUGAAAUCAAUGACAAUAAUAGUAGUGGUAAUGUUCAACUACAUCUCCAACUUAAUAGUAUCAAUAGUAGUAGUGGUAACACAAACAAUUCUUCAUCUUCCACAUCCAACACACCAACAGCAACCACAUCAGCAACAUCAACCACAUCAAACAACUAUCAAACAUCAUCACAACACACAACAACAACUUCAAUUAAAACAUCAGCAUCAGGUUGGGAGAAUCUCUUGAGUAUCGUGGUACACAAUCAGUUCAUUCCAAAGAGUAGUUUUGAUAUUCAAAAGGAUGGUACAUUAAAUAGAAAAUUGAUUCUACCUACAACUACGUCAACUACGACAACCACCAACAGAGUCAUCACAAACAACACUUCUAAUAAUGUUAAUUUGAAUAACAUUACAAUAUAA